GUUAUAGGGUCACGUGAUGGGCGUCGCCGCCACUGCCUCCGCGGGGGGUGGGGGGGCGAGCGACGGAGCGGGCAGUGAAAACAAAGAUGGCGGCGCCGCCGGGUUUGGUGUCUGCAUCUGGGUCUAAGUCAGCGACUGACGCGGCGGCGACGGCGGCAGUAGUUUCGAGAAGACGCGCGGGCGGCCGGUCCCUCUGAGGCGGCGGCGAGGAGGCGGCGAAGCGGCGUGAGCGGCGGCAGCGGCAGGAGCGCGCGGUGCCCCUAACCCCCUCCCCCUCGGGCGGCGGCGGCGGCGGCAGCGGCAGCAGCGGCGGGAGCGCGCCCGGCUCUGCCCGGCAGCCGCGGUGGGAUGUCCGGGGCUGAGGAGGCCGGGGGCCCAGCGGCGGCAGCGGGGGGACCCGCGGGUUCCGGGGCCGGGCCCCAGGGCGCCUCCGCUAUGGCCGUGUCCGUGCUGGGAGAGGCGGCGGGGCCCGGGCUUCCAGAUGAGGCGGGCCUGCCCGCGGGCCGCCAGCUGCCCCUACCCGAGGCCGGCGGCGACCCAGAUGCGCCGCCCAAGAAGCGGCUGCGGGCGGCCGAGGCGGAGGCGGCGGCGGCAGCGGCGGCCUCGGCAGCGACGGCUUCGGCUUCGGCGUCCGCGGGGAGCGGCAAGCUGGAGGAGCGCCUGUACUCCGUUCUUUGCUGUACAGUCUGCCUGGACCUGCCCAAGGCCUCAGUCUACCAGUGUACUAAUGGUCACUUGAUGUGCGCUGGCUGUUUUAUCCACCUACUAGCAGAUGCCCGGCUGAAGGAGGAACAGGCCACAUGCCCCAAUUGUCGUUGUGAGAUCAGUAAGAGCCUCUGCUGCCGAAACCUGGCUGUGGAAAAAGCAGUGAGUGAGCUGCCGUCAGAGUGCGGCUUCUGCAUGCGCCAGUUCCCCCGCUCCCUCCUGGAGAGGCAUCAGAAAGAGGAGUGCCAGGACAGGGUCACGCAGUGCAAAUACAAACGUAUCGGUUGCCCGUGGCAGGGCCCCUUCCAUGAGCUGACUGUGCAUGAAGCAGAGUGCACACAUCCCACCAAGACUGGCAAUGAGCUAAUGGAGAUUUUGGAUGAGAUGGACCAAACCCACAAGAAAGAGAUGCAGCUAUAUAACAGCAUCUUCAGCCUGCUCAGCUUUGAGAAGAUCGGCUACACAGAAGUUCAGUUCCGCCCGUACCGUACCGAUGACUUCAUCACACGCCUCUACUACGAGACGCCGAGGUUCACCGUGCUGAGCCAGACGUGGGUCCUGAAGGCGCGGGUGAACGACUCUGAGAGGAACCCCAAUCUGUCCUGUAAGCGCACCCUUUCCUUUCAGCUCAUCCUGAAGAGCAAGAUCAGCUCCCCCAUGGAGUGCUCCUUCCUCCUGCUCAAGGGGCCCUACGACGAUGUGAAAAUCAACCCUGUGAUCUACCACUUUGUCUUUACCAAUGAGAACAACGAGACCGACUACGUGCCGCUCCCCAUCAUAGACUCCGUGGAGUGCAACAAACUGCUGGCCGCCAAGAACAUCAAUCUGCGGCUCUUUAUAUUCCAGAUACAGAAAUAGGCCGGGCCGGGGUCAUGCUGGCGAGCUCAAGGAGAAAGAAAGCACCACUGAACCGUACUUACCUCGUCCGGGCAGCCUGCACCUGUUGUGAUUUCACAAUAUAAUCAGAUCAUUUUAGAAAAAGGAGGGAGGAAACAAAAACAAAAAACCCAAACCAAUUGGAACAAAGUCUGCAUGCGUAUGCAACAGUGUAAGCAGCCACAGCCUGCCUUCUCUCUUCCCCUCUCCUAGAUACCCUGGGCCAGGGCCUUCCCCAACCAACAGCCUGCCCAGCUGCCCCCGCAGGCCAGGUCAGUGGGGAGCUAGACGGCGGUGGAGACCUCUGCAGUGUCACCCUCAUCUGCCAGGGAGCGUGUGAGAAAACGGGGAGUCGUACCCUGUUACUCUGUUACAUUGUGGCAGAGCACCGGUGGCUUGUUCGUUGGUUAAGUGCACAAUUUACAGAUGCAUGGGGGCUCGGGAUCCUGGCUGGCUUUAGACAGCAUAUGUGAUUGAAAUUAAAAAGGCGACAUUA